AAAAAAAAAAAAAAAAAAAACUAGACUGACUUAUGCAUUACGAUAAUGGAGUCUUCGUCCCAAAUGAUCAAAGCAAAUCCCAACAGUUAAAUACUCAACAUUUGGCUUCUUUUCUGGUCAUUUCACCAUAGCCAAUGGCUGAUAAAGAGCAGGUCAAACCCUUGGCGUCCGCCACCGUCGAACCUCGGAGCGACGACGACAUCUUUCUUCCUCCUCCGGCCAAGCUCCACCUCCAUAAAAACAAAUAUAUCAAGUUCUGUGGCUGCUUUGCUGCUCUCCUCAUAAUCCUCGCCGUCAUCGGCAUCGUCCUCGGCUUCACCGUCCUCCAUAUCAGAACCCCAAAUAUUAAAAUCGACUCACUCUCGUUUCUAAAUAGUACUUCGAGUUCAAAUAGUAGGAUAAUUUUUGUUGUGGCUAGCGUCUCGGUGCGGAACCCUAAUGUUGCGUCGUUCAAAUACUCGAAAGCCUCAACCGAGAUUUACUACCACGGGACGGUCAUCGGAGAGGGCGAGACACCGCCGGGAGAGGUGAAGGCGAAAGAUACGCUAAAGAUGAAUAUGACGGUAGAGAUCGAACCUGAGAAGAUCGACGAUGCUUCGAGUUUGAUAAAGGAUUGGAAUUUGGGAGCUUUGAAUAUAAGUAGCUACACGGAAAUUCCAGGAAGAGUCAAAAUACUUGGCUCCAUCAAGAAACACUUCUUGGUGAAAAUAACCUGCUCGUUGACUUUCAAUUCUAGAAGCGAAAUGAUUCAAGGACAAGAUUGUGAUCAACGUGUAAGAAUUUCUGUUUAAAUGAAGGUGAAGUUUUAUUGAAAUUGCUUCAAAAGGGUAAAUUUAUGAGGAUUAAUUGAGGGUUAAAACAAUGUAACUAACAAAUUUAUAUGAUAGGAUUACGAUAUUUUUUAGUUUAAAUAUGUGGGAUAGUCAAGUUGUAACGGGCGUAUUAAACUUUUUUUAGUUGAAUAUUAUAGGAUUGAUUAUUCAUUUUGUGGAUCAUAUUUAUUUCUUACUUUGAGUAAAACUCAUGAAAUUGUGUUGUAAGGUUAUCAAAUUAUUUGUAUAUAUUUCCCAAGCAAACUGUUACC